AUGCACUCAACAUAUCCAUCACUCGGUCAAUUGGCAGAUCAAUUGUCCAAAGCACCUGAAUAUGCACAAUUGAGAACUUAUAUCAGAGGUACAAUGAACAUGGCACUGGUCGGGUCAAAGAAACUGAAUGAGGGAAAGGAACCACUGAGUGAUAGAGAAUGCGUAUCACACAGUUUGAUAGCCAAGUGGCUUGACUCGAAGGGGUAUAAUAUAGCUGCACAAAUGAUGAGAUCUCAAAUGUCUGAAGAGUACGUGGAGAAUCCUGAAAAGUAUUUGAUAGGAACAGAGAAUAUUGAUUCCUUUCUGAAGAAUCUGAAAACCGACAUUUCGGAAAAAAUUGUUCGAAAUCCGAAACCAAUCGAAAACGGUGGUCCAUUUCCAAAAGUGAAUCCGAUUGAAUUGAGAAGAGAACCGAUUAAAGUUACACCUUUGAGUGAAGAAGAAAUUCAGAGAACGAAGAGACAACGGGCGGAAAUUCAGAGAGCCAGACUGGCCCGUCUGAAAGUGGCUCAAGAGAUCGCAGAUUCAGUGGAAUCUUCAUCUGAGUCAUCUGAUUCAAGUGAUGAUUCCUUAUCAUCUUCUGAAUCGUCUGAUUCUCCGAACGAAUCGAAAUCAUCUGAAGAAGUCGAAGAAGAAAAACUCACAUUUGCUGAUAUUUUGGGAAAAUCUGGAAAACCAGAAGAAUCGGAAGUUUUAGAAGUUUCAGGCGGAUUGAGUUUCCUGCGUAACUCCAAACCAACAAUGAAAUCAGAUUCAUCGAAAACUUGGGGUCCAUCGAAGCUAGGAUUAGUGACUGAUGACGUGGCAACAACGUCUUCUGAAAGUGCGCCAUCGUCUUCUCUUCCUUCUUUGUUUUCUCCUGCUCAUCUACCUCCAUUGACAACAAACCGUCCAAUUUUGAAAUCAACAAAAAGUGAGGAAAUCGAUGCAUUAUUUGGAGAUGAGGACAUGUAUGAUUUGGAUGAUUUUGAUGAUAACGAUGAAGAAGAGAAAGAAGAGAAAAAUAUUGUGGAAUCGAAGAAAGAAGAGAUGAAAACCGUUGAGAAGCCAGUGAAUGUGGUACCACCUGUUCAGAAGAAAGAAGAAAAGAAAUCAGAAGUUGUUCAACAAAUUGAGCCGUUGGUUUUGUCAGAUGGAGAAUCAAUCGACGAAUUGGAAGAUUUCGACACUGGUCUCUUGUCUUCUGGAGGUUCUGAUUAUUCAUUUUAA